AUGGCUUUGACUCUUCUGGCGGGCUGGUGGGGCGUCGGCCAGACUGUUGCUGGUCUGGUUGCUUGGCCUUUCAUGGAUAUGUUUUCAUUGUCCCUUUUUGCGGGCUAUAGUUGUCCCUCGCAUGCUCCGUGUCAUCGUGAUUCGGUUCCACGAAACGCCCAAGUACCUCUUCUGUCAAGGCAUAACGAAGAAAUCAUCAAGACCGAUGAUAAUCUCGCACAGAAGCAUGACCAGGAAUGCCGCCUCACCCUCGAUCAGCUACAAGCCUGCGGUCAAAUUCACAGCACACACGCGCAGAACAAGGCCACUUUCGCCGAGGUUGGAGUGCAUAUCCGAGGUCUCUUUUCCGCGCGUUUCCUUACUUUCUCGACGACAUUGGUCUAG